AUGACAUGUUCGCUGUGGGGACACCAUAUCAAUGAAUUUACGUCAUAUGUCAGCACUUACGAUAGACCUCCAACUGUGGUGAUUCUUCAAAUGUGUCGUGCAAAGAUAGGGGAGAGUUAUCGUGGGAAUAUUGUAACAAUCGCAACUUCAUACAAUGCCACGAGGGUAGAGACUGGUGUUCUUGUGCCGCAGAUCCAAGCCUAUAAAGAUAGGCUUUCAAGUAUGGAAGGAGAACUUGAGGAAUUGGCGGCUGGAAAUAUUGAUGUUAGGACUCUUGACUAUUUUGUUGAUGGAAAAAUGAUUGGAGAGCAUUGGGUAUGCGCAAAAGUGAGAAAUAUAUCACAAAAUUGGUGGUACAUCUCAUGCCUAAAGUGUCCAAAGAAGGUCUAA